AUGGCCGACUUCGCUUCUUCCCUCUCAUUUCUGAUCGAUAACCCUGCCGUGGCAGCCAUACAAGAUUCAUACGAUGCCUUUUCCCGGCGGAGAGAGGACCUUGGGCUAUCGAAUCCCGGCACUGUCGAGAUGGUUGCUCGUGAAGUCCAGAAGGAAGUCCUACUUUCCAAUUUCAUGUUCACAGGCCUCCGCGCCGAUUUGACCAAGGUCUUUGGAGUUUCGCCUCUUUUCCGAGUCUCCCAUGCGUUUACCAUGGGCUCUCAGGGCAAUCUGCCCCCAUAUGCCUUCUCCACGAUGUUUGGCACCUCCGAUGUCCUUAUGCAGGGAAACAUUGGCAGCGACGGAGCUCUCGCCGCAGUUGCCAAUUACCGUUGGACCCCGUCCUUGAUCAGUAAAGCCAACGUCCAGAUAAUGCCCGGUGCCGCACAGGGACUCAUGCAGCUUGAUAAUGAAUACGCCGGAGCUGACUUCUCGGCAUCGCUCAAGGCCUUCAACCCAUCGAUUCUGGAGGGUGGCCUCACGGGUAUCUACAUUGGAAGCUACUUGCAGUCCAUCACCCCUGGUUUGGCUUUGGGAGUUGAGGCCAUGUGGCAGCGUGCCGGGCUCGGUGCCCGACCAGAAACCGCCCUAUCAUACUGUGCACGAUACAAGGGAAUGGAUUGGAUUGCCAGUGCCCAGCUACAGGCCCAAGGCACCCUCAACGCCUCGUUCUGGAAGAAGCUGUCCGAUAAAGUCGAGGCCGGUGUGGACAUGAACCUUCAAUUCACCCCAAGCGGCAACCCAAUGAUGGGCGGUGGUGUGCAGAGAGAGGGAACCACGGCCGUCGGAGCCAAGUAUGAGUUCAGAGCAUCUACCUUCAGGGCCCAGAUUGACAGCGCUGGAAAGCUGAGCUGUCUACUGGAGAAGAGGGUUGCCAUGCCAAUUUCUCUCACCUUUGCUGGUGAAAUAGACCAAGUCAAGCAAACUGCCAAGAUUGGUCUUGCUGUCUCCUUCGAGAUGGCUUCAGAGCAGUUGAUGGAACAGCAAGAGAGCGGCGAGCUAUCUAGCGUCUCACCACCUUUCUAA